GCACCGACCCACAAACACCCCUUCCCCGCUUCCCUUGAGGUCGCGCAUUCUUCAGCCCGAAAGCGCGGAGCGAGGGCGCAUCGCCGGGACCCGGGCAAGUCUGGCAUAGGAAGGAUCAGGCGCGGGGAUGCUGAUGCUGCCGCUGCCCGCUCGCCCGGAGGAGCCGCCUGCGCCUUGAUGCGUCCGACGCUCCCGGAGACAGGAUGAGGGCCCAGCAAGUCCUCCUGAUCGCCGUCUGCCUCCAUGCGCCGGACCUGCUGGUCAGCACCUCUGAGCGCUGCGAUGACUGGGGGGUCGACACCAUGAAGCACAAGCCGGUGUACAGCGGGGAACCGGCCAAGAUCAAGUGCCCCCUCUUUGUGGCUUUUGUGAAGUACAACUACAGCACUGCCCACUCGGCUGGCUUGACCCUCAUCUGGUACUGGAUCGGGCAGGGCCAGGACCUGGAGGAGCCCAUUAACUUCCGCCAUCCCGACAACCACAUCAGCAAGGAGAAGGACAUGCUCUGGUUCCGCCCGGCACUGCUCAACGACACGGGGAACUACACCUGUAUGCUCAGGAACGCCACCUACUGCAGCAAAAUUGCCGUCCCCUUGGAGGUGGUCCACAAAGACCCCGGCUCCUGCCUCAGCCAAGCGGUCAAGCCAGAAGAGGUCCUCAUGUACUAUGACAGGGUCAAACAGAACCUCACCUGCCCGGAUGUGGAGAGCUUCAUUCCCGCCGGCCUUGAGCCCCAGGUCCGCUGGUACAAGGAGUGCCACCUGAUGAAAUAUGAGUACCAUGAUCGGAUCCCCAAUGGCCUCAACCUCACUUUUGGCAUUGUAGCAGCGUACGAUGGCGAGUACACCUGCGUGGCAAGUUACCGGGAGAACAGCCGGGAUUUUUCCCUGACACGGACGAUGAGAGUCAGGGUGGUAGGAGCACCAGAAAAAUCAACGCCUCCAGUGAUAAUCUCACCAACAAAGCGGAUUGUCUAUGAACUCAAGCCAGGCGAACAACUCUUUCUCCAUUGCGAGGUCACCUUCACGUUCCUGAAGGACUCUCCCCAGGAGGUCUGGUGGGCCAUUGAUGGAAAACACUCGGAUGAUGUCGCCGACUUCAAGUUCAACGUGUCCACCAUGGAGACCCCAUUAUCAAUCGGAGGGACCAAGAUCGAAAAGACCCUGAUUGCGCCCCGCGUGACGGAGAAGGAUUUGAAACGGAAUUUCACGUGCUUCGCGCAGAACAACCGAGGCAUUGUGCACACCCAGGCGGUCGUGAAGAUGAAACCCCCCGUUUUGAGAUACACCGUGGAGCUGGCCUGUGGUCUGGGGGCCACCGUGCUGCUGGUGGUCAUGCUGACGGUCAUUUACCACUUCUACUGGCUGGAAAUGGUCCUCUUCUACCGUGCUCACUUUGGGACUGACGAAACCGUCCUUGACGGGAAGGAAUACGAUAUUUACGUCUCCUAUGCCAGGAAUAUGGAAGAAGAGGACUUCGUGUUGCUGACUCUCAGGGGCGUUUUGGAGAACGAAUACGGCUAUAAGCUGUGCAUUUUCGACCGAGACAGUCUCCCCGGGGGAAUUGUCACGGAUGAAACUCUGAGCUUCAUCCAGAGAAGCCGCCGUCUCUUGGUAGUCCUGAGUCCCAACUACGUCCUGCGGGGCACCCAGGCUUUGCUGGAGUUCAAGGCUGGCCUGGAGAACAUGGCUUCCAAGGGCACCAUCAAGGUCAUCCUUGUCCAGUACAAGCCCAUCAAGAAGAGCAAAGUGAAGGAGCUCCGGCAAGCCAAGACGGCGCUGACCGUCAUUAAGUGGAAAGGGGAGAAGUCCCGUUAUCCCACGGGAAGGUUUUGGAAGGAGCUGUUGGUCGAAUUGCCGGUGAAGAGCAGAACCAAGAACUUUUCAGCGCAACAAGAUCUCAUCAUCCUUUCGCCAAAAGGCAUCUAAGGAAAGGGGAGGCCAGGAACCCAGAGCUGGGCUCGGGAGGAGAGCAGUGGGCUUGUUUUGGGGAGUCUCUGGCAAUCCACGUUCCACCUCUGGCGUGGCGUGGACAGAGGCACCCACCCGAACUGGCCCUAUUUUUAAGGUGCCCCAUCUGCAUUGGAAACCGAGCUGUCCAUCCCGUCUCCUGAAAAUUGCACCACUUGGCUUGCAGGAGGCUGAGGCAAGGCGUGCAAUCUGGGACACCUGUGAGAUUGUAGUAAGGAUGCACCGUAGUGUCAUUUGUUCCCCUUUCACACUUUCGUGGUGUCCCUCAAAUUCUUCGUCCAGAGACGGAAGAACAGAAGUCCACCUGAAGGCCUUUUCAUCUCGGUCCAAAGGGGUCAGUGGAGAAGGCAGGGGCUCUCUUCCUUUGGACACGAAAGCAGCUCUCCAAAGUUGCCCCCAAUGGCCAGAGCGGCCUUCCUCCACCUGAGCUUUUCCAGGUGUGUCGCGUUUCCGUUCCCACAACCGUCCGUUGAUGCAAACUUUCCAAUCCAGACAUGUUCAGGAUUCCGGGCUGGAGACGGGAAACGCUGGCUGGCUUUUGGCCUCCCUUGGCAAAAAAAUCUCACAAUGGCCUGUUGUACUCGGUGUGCAUUGCGAUGAUUCUUGUGCUGAGUGCAGGAAAAUGUGGGGCAGCCCCUUCGCUCUCUAAACCAGCCUGUUGAGGAAGGGGAGAUUUGGGGAUUAUUGACCCCCCCUCCCCAUAAUCCCAGAGCUCCUGUGGGUAACUGCUAGGAUGAGAGGGACUUUUUACUGGAGGGGCUUAACAGCAGUGAAUCUUGAAAGAUCCCCAAGCAGACAGUUGUAAGUCAAGCAGUGGGAAUGCAGGAGUAGUAGAGUAUUAGUAGGGAGGGGGAGGAGGAAGAGGAGGACGAGUGGAAUCUGGAAUGUCACAUUUCUUCUAGGAUGAGAUCUUCCUUUUUUUUCAUCAAGAUGGAGGCAUCAAGUCCAGAAUAUUUUCCCAGUUAUGGAUGAUGCACAAAAUGGAUCUCUUCCUAAACUUUUUUUUUUUUUACAUUUUUCAUGAAAGCAUUUAAUAUUUAAACACAAAAACAACAUUUUGAAUUGCUCAAGAUCCUUUGAAGGACAGAACAGGGGCUCUUUUUCCAUUAGAGAUGAAAGCAGCUCUCCAAAAUUGUCCCAAACGGCCAGAGGGGCCUCCUUGGGACGGACGGUGGUGCCUUGUUGGAAGCGCUGUUGGUUUGAUUUCUGAGUUGGCACAAUGCCAUUUUUCAGAGGUCGGUAAAUGUCAGAAGGGCCAGUCCUGCUCCCAAGCUGGAGCUCUGAGCUUCUGGCCUGGUCGCAUCCGAGCUUGGUCAAGAUUCAGUGGCUGCACUCAGGAGUGGUGGGCGAAGAUUUAUCGGUAGCCGAGCAAGGAGGCUGGAGGGGUAAAUCCCCAUGCAGAAUGUCAAAAAUUAUUAUUAUUUUUUUGUCUUUUGUUCUGCUAACUCCUGGUCUCUGUAUUAUAGUAUUACCGGGUUAGCUAUGGGAUGGUGGCAGAUCUGGACACUCAGCGGAGUGUGUGUGAGUUUUUGUGCAAGAGAGAGAGAAUGAGAGAGAGAAUGAGAGAGAGGGAGAAAGAGAGAAAGAGAGAGAGAAUGAGAGAGAGGGGAAAGAGAAAGAGAGAGAAAAAGAGAGAGAAUGAGAGAGAGGGAGAAUGAGAGAAUGAGAGAGAGGGAGAGGGAGAAAGAGAAUGAGAGAGAGGGAGAGAGAAAGGGAGAGAGAGAGAAUGAGAGAGAAAGAGAAAGAGAGGGGGGAAGAGAAAGAGAGAGAAUGAGAGAGAGAAUGAGGGGGAAGAGAGGGGGGAGAAUGAGAGAAUGAGAGAGAGGGAGAGAGAGAAAGAGGGAGAGAGAGAGAAUGAGAGAGAGGGAGAGGGAGAAUGAGAGAGAAUGAGAGAGAGGGAGAGGGAGAAAGAGAAGGAGAGAGAAAAAGAGAGAGAAAGAGAAUGAGAGAGGGGGAAAGAGAGAAAGAGAGAGAAAGAGAGAGAGAAUGAAAGAGAGGGGGGAGAAAGAGAGAAUGAGAGAGGUAGAGGGAGAAAGAGAGAAUGAGAGAGAGGGAGAGAGAGAAAGAGGGAGAGAGAGAAAGAGAAUGAGAGAGAGAGAUGACAACCCAAAGGGCUUAUUUAGUUCACUGGUGUUCUCUAUCAACUUAAUCCCCUCCUGUUGCCAGCCCCAAAGAUUGUUGGGGUGGGUGGUUAGAGGUGGAAGCCAGGCAGGAAAUCCUGUGAAUCUCAUUCAGAUGUGAAAAUCAAUGAGGAUCAACAGGCUUUAGGGCUAUCUGAACCACGGUGCUCUCCAAGUGAUGGUGAUUUUAUUGCAGACGUUUCAUGAUCCAACUAGGGAACAUCAUCAGUGCUAGAAGGGAGAAGGGGUUGCAGAGAGGAGGAGGAGGAGGGAAAGAACUGGUACUCUCUGAAUUUACUCGUUUGCUUGCAGACAUUUCAUGACCCAACUAGGGAACGUCAUCAGUGCUAGAAGGGAGAAGGGGGUUUGCUCCCUACUUAUACACCGUAGUCUUCUCUGCCAGUGUUGACGGGAGUGUAGUUUCCCCCUUGGUAGCUCCUUGGUGUUUUCUGCUUUUAUUGUUCCACUGGUCUAAUUCCCUGCUUAUUCCUUGAAGAUGUUACCUAAUUGGGUGAUGAGAUGCCUGCAAGAAAACAAGCACAGAGAGUACCACAGGUCUCUUCCUCCAUGUUUACACACAACUUUUAUUUAUGAUAGUUUUUAUUCGUGACAAAUCUGGGGAGGGACUAUUAUUUCUUAUCCUCCCGAAUCCUCCCCUUCCCAUUUGGAUGUGGCCUUUGCACUGAGCUUUAUCAUCCUGCCUUAUUUAUUCUCUUUUUUUAAUGAUUAUUAUUAUAACGGAUUGACACACAAAGGCCUGCUUGCAAAUUCUUUCUCAGUUAGUGGCGAGAGGCCCUUUGGGAGGACGGUCUGCAGGUGUUUGGGCAGGCGGACCUCCCAGGGGCUAAGUCCAUGCUGUCCAGCUGUCCAAAAGUCAAAUCAACCUUGCAAAGAGAGACCACUUUUAAAUCCCAGAUUUGCCUUCUUACAACAGACCUAACCUAGAUGUUAAAUUCACCCAUUUCUCUGGCUAAUCUGGCAAUAAAUUAACCUCUUGUCUCAGAAGCCAAUCAAAUGGGCUGGGUUUGAUUAAGAGGCUAACUCCUCAUAAAACACCACCACCAAAUUGCCGAAGUUGGAGCUGCAUCUGGCGAGAGGAGGGGAGGUCAGCAAGGGGGGGGGGGUUGUCAGCCUUUCACCUGCGUCACCAUUUUACCUUUUAUCAAAACAUUUAUCCGGGUGAUAAAGCAGCAUCUGUUUUGGUCAGCAUGGCAUAGCAUGAAUUGUUCUGGCUUCCUUCUAUAAUUUUAAGUCUUAACAUUUUGGUUUUUAUACAUACUGUUUAUAUAUUUUAAUGUUUUAUUAUAUCAUGGCCUGAGACCCCCUUUGAGGGAGCUGGGUGGUUCAGAAAUUAGAUAGAUAGAUAGAUAGAUAGAUAGAUAGAUAGAUAGAUAGAUAGAUAGAUAGAUAGAUAGAUAGAUAGAUAGAUAGAUAGAUAGAUAUGAUAGACAGACAGACAGAGACACAGAUGGAUAGAUAGAAAGAUGAUAGAGAGAGACAAAUAGACAAACAGACAGAUGGAUGGAUGGAUGGAUGGAUGGAUGGAUGGAUGGAUGGAUGGAUGGACAGAUGAUAGGCAGAGGCAGACAGAGAAGAGAUAAAUAGGCAUAGAUAUAUAGAGGGAGAGAGGGACGGACGGAUGGAGGGACAGAUAGAUAGACAGACAGAUGAUAGACAGAGGCAGGCAGAAAGAUAGAGAUAAAUAGGUAUAGAUGAAUGGAUGGAUAGAUACAGACAGACAGACAGACAGACAGACAGAUAGGUACAAUGCACAUGUGCCUUGCAUAUAAAAUACAGAUAGUCCUCGACUUAUGACCACAAUUAACCCUAAACAUUCUGGUUGCUAAGCACGACAGUUGUUAAGUUGCUUGUUCUUAUUUUUUCCAUUCUCCAUUCUUCUUCCAUUCGUGUCAUUUGCCUCGGAGGUCAACAACAUUGUGUGUUGUGUAAUUUUGAUUCCUUUUUUUGGUUUGGAAUUUUAAUAAAACGCUUCUUUUGAUAACA